GCCAUCGUUGUUGUCUCCCUCCCCUCCCUGUGCGGUGUCCUGUCCUUUUCUCCGCCGCUGCGCCACAGUGUAUAGUGUCACCGUCUUUCUUUCUUCGAUUUGAGAUACACGCCGCUGCUGUGCGCUCCAAUUGCUCCUGCCGUUCAUUGUCCCAUCACACCCACCCACACACAGUCAUGUCGCAGCAGCUUGCCUUCCACGACCUCUCGAAUGAGGCGAUCCACUCGAUGACCCCUAGCGAGGCCCUCCAGAAGCACCUCGAGAACGCCCAGCUGGCGCACCGUGUGUGUGUGGCGAAGGCGCUCAAGGCGAACGAGGCGCCGGUGGAGCGGUGCGCGCUGACGUGGGGCGAGGUGGUGAUGCGGUACAGCCAGUGGGCCGAGUACCGCGCGCCCUUCCAGGACAGCGAGGCGCAGAAGAAGUACUCCAAGUUCUGGACGAAGAAACGCCAGCUGGCCGAUGACAACAACCCGUUCAAGGCGUAA